AGGGUAUUUUCGUCAUAUCACGUAAAACAAAAUCUCGCUUCCGAUCUUGAACAUUUGCUUUGAAGUUUCAACAAGUUUGAUUCUUGAUUCAUUCGUUGUACAGAUUUGCGAUCAAAUUUCAUUUAUUCUCCUUUAAGAAUCUGGUUUAUCUGCAAAGGAUCCUAUGAGAUAGUUGAGUGUUUAACAAUUAUGUCGUCUAGGCGUCAUGUUCGUUACAGUCCUUUAGCUGUUGAAGACGACGAUGAUUAUGAUGGUGGAAGGCGUUACGACCCGAGGUUUGAUUAUGCACCGAAAGCCUUCGAUAGAGUCCCAUGGAAAUCCAUUGCCCUUGCACUUUUUCUGCUUUGUCUAGGGUGCUUGCUUCUUUUUCUUUUAUUUUUCAUCUUCACUGGGCAUAUGGGAGGAGAGCAAUCGCAGGCGUAUGGACUCUUAAUCCUUGGCAUUCUUACUUUCCUUCCAGGUUUUUACGAGACUCGGAUAGCUUAUUAUUCUUGGAGGGGUGGUGAAGGAUACACCUUUGCUUCUAUUCCAGAUUAUUAGUACGUGUGAUGUUCGUCCAGUUUAUUCAUCCCCUCCCUGAACUGUGUUACAUUAUAGUUAGAACCUGUUUAAAGCAACCUUACAAUGCUAUAAAUUCUUUAAUUUUGAAUGCAAUCGACUUGUCACUUAAAGCAAAACCAGGUAGGAA